AUGGCCAGCAGCAGCAGCAGCAAUUUUGAUGACCAAAACCUAGGAAACGAAACCCUAGAAUCAUCAUCAUUUAGGAGAGGCAAGAAGAGAAAUUCUUACAAGGCCAAGAAACCCCUAAGAGGUCUUGGUGUGGCUCAACUAGAGAAGAUCAGAUUACAUGAAAUGAGCUCUACUUACAUUCCUAAUUCACAUCAUAAUCCUUAUUUCGAGAAUUUCAGCCAGGAGGAUAUGAGACUUCAAACAACCUGCUCAUCGUCGUCGUCAUCGUGUUUUUCAUACUUACCAUUGUCGUCUCCUUCUUAUGGUUUUCGAACUCCCCAUGGCAUCAUGAUAGGUUGGCCAGACUUGGUAAAGGAAAAUAUCAAAUAUGAAGAGUCCCAACAGAUAAAUGCUACUAGAUGGGAUUCGAUCCAAACAGUCUUAGGAACCCAACAGUUUGUGCAGCCAAGCAUGACAAGACACUUGUUGAACCUACAAAUACAGAAUUCACUCCUUGAGAAGAACAAGAAAGGUCUGAAUGAUUCAGCGGGUUCUAAUCAUGAGAAAUUUGAAUCUAGUGCUACUCAAGAAUUAGAUCUGGAACUCAGACUUUCGCUUUAG